AUAUUACCUCUCACUCUCACAACCAUCGAGGGGAAAGAGAGACCCCCCAGCCUGGAAGUGGAAAAGAGUCUUUGGGGGGUUUUGUUCGGACAAUUUCUUUGUUAAUCUUCUACUCAUGCUCAUCGAUGCAUUCUUCUUGUUUUCCCGCUUCGUCUGCUUUCUCUUUCUCUGUGCAUUUUCACUGCAUUCUUGGCGUCUCCCUCGUGAUUGGCCCCCCGUUCCCCGAUCAAUAAACCAUACACACUUGGAUUCCAACUUCGCUGUCUCAGCCGCACCACUUCCUUAAUGAUCUGGGACGAGGUAAAUCGGUGAGCUAAAUAGCCACCUUUGCAUCCACUUCACUCCGUCGUUGGUAUCUGUAAUUGUUCUCUCACGGCCACCUCUCAGUCUGUUAUUUCUAACUUGUUCCAUUAAAUUCCGAGGAAUGAAAAAAUAGCAGCUUUCUUGAUCUCGACCGUAGGUUAACAAACAUAGAAGUAGGAAAUCAAAGCAUAUGGCACGAUGGUCAAGUUUCACAAACGGAUCUUCCGAAGAUUGCCUUGAAACUGUUGGAGGACAUCAGGGUAAUGACUGCUGCUUCGACGUUGGUCGUGUUAUUAGAGAUCAACUUGAUGAUGAAGUUAAACUUAAGUGCUUGUUUCAUCAACUUCUAUCAAUUUAUAUAAAGGAGAAUAAUUCUGGAGGCAAUAUUCGUCCUGUACCUGUAAUGCUUGGUGAUGGUCAAUCAUUGGAUUUAUACAAACUGUUCUCCUUUGUGAACAAAAGAGGUGGGUAUGCUUUGGUGUCGAAGAAAGGAUUGUGGGGGUCUGUGACUAAGGAAUUACAUUUGAACCCUAAACUUUUGGCUUCGGUAAAAUUAGUAUAUGACAAGUAUUUGAAUGAGUUUGAAGGAUGGCUUGGCAAGGCUCGUGGAGGAAAGAAUUUCAAAAGUGGGAAUCAUGGGUGUGAUAUGGAUUUUAAGUCAGUGCCGUCAGAGCUAGUAAAAGAGUUUAGAGAUGCAUUAUGUGGCAACGCUAGGUUGAAGGAUGAUGUAUCUGUUCAGCUGCAAUCACAUAAAACGAGAAACUACAUUGACUUGAUUGAUCACGAGGGUGAAAUGAAUUUGCCGGACAACAAAAAUCAACCUACUAUAUGCGAGAAUGUCCACAGUAUCCUUGGUGAUGCCAACUUGAAACUUUCUGACGGUGUUAAGGAUGAUCUUGCUAGCUUGAACUCAGAAGUUCCUGUGAAGGAAUCUAAUUCUCGCAAGCGCAAACGAGAAGCAUUAUCUUCAAUGCUGAACUGGAUCAGACGAAUUGCGAAGUAUCCUCAUGAUCCUUCCAUUGAACCCAUACCUGAAGCAUCUAAGUGGAAGGAAUAUAAAGGACAAGAUUUUUGGGUUCAGAUACUUAGAGCAAGAGAGGCACUGCGGCUGAGGUCAUGUGACAAACCAAAAUGUGUGCAGCCUUCCAUGCAGAGUUCUCUUUGUUUGCAGAAGCAAAAGAUGCAUCCUGCCAUGUAUGAGGAUCAUGCUGCUGUCAGUCGCCGUUCUACAGCAAAACUGAGAUGGAGCAAAAGGCUGCCUACCUCAGUUAAAUCUCAAAUAUGCUCUUGUUGCAAUUCACAUUCAGCUAUCGAAAACAAGUUACCUUGUGCUGCCACCACUGAGGAAGAAAAUGCUUCAUUAGAGAAAACAACUGCAGCAGAUGGUUUGCUGAGUGCAAAGGAAACAGCUAACUCGUCCACAGAUGAUACUGUUGAAAAACAAGUUGCUAUAGGUCCUCUUUUUCAAGCUGAAGUGCCAAAAUGGACUGGUGUAGUUUCUGAAAGUGAUUCUAAAUGGUUGGGCACGCAAGUAUGGCCUUUGAAGGAUAGGGAACUACAGUCUGUUACUGAGACCGGUAUUAUUGGAAGAGGAAGACAAGAGACUUGUAGCUGUAAAGUUCAAGGUUCUGUUGAAUGUGUUAGAUUUCAUAUUGCUGAGAUGAGGAUGAAGUUGAAGCUUGACUUGGGUUCGGCAUUUUACCAGUGGGGAUUUGAUUGUAUGGGGGAGGAAGUUUCACUUCAAUGGACUGCUGAAGAAGAAAAGAAAUUCAAGGAUAUUAUGAUGUUAAAUUUGCCCUCCCAAAAUAAGAGCAACCCGUUCAAGUAUUUCCCAAAAAAGAAGAGGAGAAGCUUGGUUAGCUAUUACUUCAAUGUAUUUCUUAUUCAACGCAGGAUUUAUCAGAAUCGUGUGACUCCAAGUAGUGUUGAUAGUGACGAUGAUGAACAUGAAUUUGGAUCUUUUACCGAUGGCUUUGGGAUGGAAGCUGUAAAAGGUCCAGGUUAUAAGUUUCUAGAGUGUUCCCAGAACAACCGAUGCACUGAAUUGGAGUGAACAAAAGGGAGAGUAAGAAUUUGAUCAGUGGGUUUGAAUCAUUUUGAGGAAAAAAGACCCACAGCCAAACUAAGUAAAACCCUUCCUUCCAUGAUCAAUGGGGAAACCAUUCACAGCGAAGGAAACGUUGACACAAACUCACUGUAAAAUUCUGAUUUGAGACUGGCGUGAGAGUCACCCAUUCUACUGGAAGCAACUGUGCGCGUGUUCUCGAAUCUUGACUACCCAUAAUGCAGAACUUGCUGAAGCUGCUAUCGAUGUUGAUGGUUGAGUGGCAGUCCAAUCAAGUACUUCGUUGAGGCUGCACGACCAGUACUGUAAUUCUGUAAAAUACCCCAUUUCAUUCCUUUGGUCUGAGACAUCAUAGAAUCAGAUAGAAAGACCUGGGGAGAAGAGUCCACAACGGUUGUUGUCUUGUUUCGUUUUGUGCCUAUGGCGCGCAAUUUUGCAAAUUAAUGACGUCAAAUUUAUGAUA